AUGGUAUUCCUUCAAGAAUUGGUUCCAGAGUUCACUCCACUUGGUAUUUCCAACAUGGAUUUCUGUUUGGCUAUGAAGGAAAUAGACUAUCCUGCUCCGAGACUGGUUCCUAAUCCCCAACGACCCUUGUCUUCUUCGAGGUUUUUCACUUGCUUUAAAUCCGAACUAUUGCUGCCUCAGACAUGCAUUAAGUUGGAAUAUGCCUUUGUUAUUUUUUGGGCACAUGAAUUGGACUAUGACAACAUUCAACUAAUUGAUCCACGUCAGAAGAAACAUGAUGUUGGUAUACACAAGUCGGUAAAUGGAGACUUGAUUCUACAGAAAGGGGUGUUAGAGAUGGCUGAAUAUUUCAACGUCAAGGAAAACAAAAUCAUACAUAUGAGUUAUGUUGACAGAAAUACGUUUUUAUUUAGGCUUUUUUCAUCUGAGGGAAUUGAAAUUAAUUAUGCUCCUCAAGUGGUCAGCGUUAGUAACCAUGAUACACAUCUCGGAGACUAUGACCCUGCAGAUUUUUACUACUCAAUGGCCAAAUGCUUAUCUGAGAAUGAUACCAAAUCAUCAUCACUGUACUUGGAAUCCGAAUUUGCAGCAAAAGCUCUUGUUAAGAAGAGGACACGAUACAUAUUGGUCAAUUCUGAAGGUGAUUGUUGGCCUUGUACAAUUCGAAGAUCUGGAAGAACGAACAAAGAAUGCUACUUAAGUUGUGGGUGGAAAGAAUUCUGCAAGCAGAACAAAUUAAAGGAAGGAACCAUAAUCAGACUUGGUGUAGAUAAGGAACAAUCGAAUUUUAUCUAUGUAAUGGAGAUAAAAGUAUAA